AUGAGCGACUGGGACUCCGUCACGCGCAUUGGAAGCAAGAACCGUGGUGGCCCUGCCAUCCGCGAGACCGUCGUCAAGGGCAAGAGUGCUCUGAACGCCGCUCAGCGCCAGGGUCUCGUCAUCGGAACCGAGAAGAAGUACGCCACUGGUAACGCUGCCGGACGCUCCGGUGCCCCCGAGGGCCAGCACUUGACCAAGGUCGACCGCAGCGACGACAUUGUCAAGCCCAAGACCGUCGGCCACCAGGUCGCCGAUGCCAUCAAGAAGCGCCGUACCGACGAGGGCUACAAGAUGACCCAGAAGGAACUCGCCACCAAGUGCAACACCACCGUCACCGUCAUCCAAGACUUCGAGCGCGGUACCGCUGCGCCCGACCAGAAGGUCCUGAGUGCCAUGGAGCGCGUCCUCAACGUCAAGCUGCGAGGCUCGGACAUCGGAGCAGAGAAGUUCCCCAAGAAAAAGUAAAUUGACUCGGGGGUGAGCCCGCGACUUUUUCUUCCGGGGAAGUUUGCAUGAAGUUUCUUUGAUUCUAAUUUCAUCUUCUCUCCUAAUUCGGCUUUUUUUUCCUUCGAAUCGUCUCGGGUUUUCCUCCAUCAAUUUCGCACUUUUUCUUUUAUCCGGAUGUCACGUCUAACGCACCUUUCCUUCUCAAUAUGAGAUCUCAUGAUUCUUUUUUUUUAACCCAAUUUUUU